GUUCACGCAGUCAUCAUGGAGACAAAACGCUUAACUUUAAUCUUGAGUUUUCUUUUUAUCAUGGGAAAUAUUGUUCGAGAUGUCAAAACUUUCAGGAAAUUCAUGGACAGAGGCCUCUUGGACGAGUAUAUCUGUCCGAUAGAUGUGCAGCUUUUCCAUGAAGAGAAGAUGAACAAAAUACAAUGCCUGUCGCUUUGUGCUGAUAAUUCCUCGUGUAGUGUCGUGUUGCACGACAAAGUUAGCCAGCAAUGUGUUGGUUGCAGUGUCCCGUUUUUUAAUGAAACACGCCAAGUGAUGAAAGGAAUGUAUUUUAAAAGAUAUUUUCACCAUAAGUAUACGGUUGUAACAGAAUUCAAGACAUAUGACCAAGCGAAGGCACACUGUCAAGAGAUCGGAGCACAUUUAGCGUACAUAAAUUCAAAGGAUGAACUGUUGAUUAUCAUAAAGCUAGUAAUUGGAGCGUACACCAGUAAUCUUUGGAUAGGAGCAUCCCGAAGGAGUGAUGGUGUAAUUUAUUGGGAGGACAACACGACUGUGGCAAUGCCAUCUACCGGUAUGGCAACGGUCAUGACAUAUACCGAUAUGGCAACGGUCAUGACAUAUACCGAUAUGGCAACGGUCAUGACAUAUACCGAUAUGGCAACGGUCAUGACAUAUACCGAUAUGACAACGGUCAUGACACCAACCGGCGACAAUUACGAGAACUGGGCAGACGGCGAACCGAAUGCGCUAUUGGGGGAAGACUGUAUCAUACUGCAUUAUCCCAGUCAAUGGACCUGGCAUGAUGACAACUGUGAUUAUCUUCAUCUUAGUUUAUGCGAAUUUUAAGAAGUGAAUAUUAACCCUUAACCUGCUGGAAACCGGAAGUGGUUCGCCUUUGCCACCAGUAAAGAUCUAGAUCGUCCUGCACACACGUG